AUGUCUGGUAGAAGAAGAGCUUAUCCACAACCACAAUAUACUGCUGGUCCAACUGGAUCUGUUACUUCACCUCCAACAGCUAAUCAAUUCCAACAACAACAACAACAACAACAACAACAACCUAGUCAAGCUUAUGGUAUUGAUCAAACUCAACAACUAUUUCAACAAAUGAACAUAAAUCAACAACAAGCUCCUGCUAGUGCUACUCAACAAUAUUACCAACAAUCUACUCCUCAACAACAACAACAGCAACAACCUUUAUAUGGCCAAGGCAUGGGUGGAAUUCCUCCUGCAACUGGUAUGGGAGCACAAGGUGUAACUCAACCUGUUGGUUAUAAUACAGGUUAUAAUACCCAACAACCAAUACAUCAACAAAAUUUACAAGGUGCCACUACAUUAAAUGCAUUAUAUACAACUGAUUUAUCAAGAGAUUUACCACCACCAAUUGCCGAAUUAUCAUUUCCUCCUCCACCAAUAACGUUACCAGAUCAAACUACUUUAAUUCCUGGUUCAAAAACUGCUAAUGCAUCACCUGAUUAUUUUAGAUCUACUUUAAAUGUUGUCCCUAAUAAUUCCUCAUUAUUAAAAAAAUCAAAAUUACCCUUGGCAUUAGUUGUAAAACCUUAUAAUGCAUUAAAAAUUGAAGAUGAAAAUGUUCCAGUAACUUGUGAUACUACAAUUAGUAGAUGUAGAAGAUGUCGUGGUUAUAUUAAUCCUUUUAUUACUUUAGCUGAAGGUGGUAGAAGAUGGAGAUGUAAUUUUUGUAAUUUAUUAAAUGAUAUUCCAAGUGCUUUUGAUUAUGAUGAAAUUAGUGGCCAAGUCAAAAAUAAAUUUGAUAGAGUAGAAUUGAAUCAUUCAGUUGUUGAAUUUAUUGCACCAAAAGAAUAUAUGGCAAGAGCCCCACAACCAAUUGUUUAUACUUUUAUAAUUGAUGUGUCAAUUCAUGCUGUUCAAAGUGGGUUAACUGGUACUAUUACAAGAACUAUUUUAGAAAGUUUAGAUAGAAUACCAAAUGAAAAUAAAACUGCAAGAAUUUCAUUUAUUGGUGUUGAUUCAAAUUUACAUUAUUUUAGAUUUAAUGAAGGAAUUGAAGGUACUGAAAUUAUGGUUGUUGCUGAUAUUGAUGAACCAUUUUUACCUUUACCAAAUGGUUUAUUAGUUAAUUUAGAUGAAAAUAGAGAAGCUAUUGAAAAAUUAUUAUUAGAUUUCCCAAGUUAUUUUGAAAAUACAGCAAAUCAAGGUUUUGCAUUAGGUCCUGCAUUAAAAGCUGGUCAUAAAUUAAUUUCUAAUAUUGGUGGUAAAUUAGUUUGUUUUGCUGCUACUUUACCAAAUAUUGGUGAAGGUAAAUUAACAUUAAGAGAUGAAGCUUCUGUUUCAGGUAAACCAAAAGAAGCUAAAGCUUUAUUAACACCAGCUGAUGCAUUUUAUAAAUCAUUUGCUGUUACAUGUAAUUCAUCACAAGUUACAGUUGAUUUAUUUUUAACUUCAAAUGCAUAUCAAGAUGUUGCAACUUUAUCAAAUUUACCAAGAUAUACUGCUGGUCAAACUCAUUUUUAUCCAGCAUGGACGCUGCAAAAAUAUGAAGAUGUUGCAAAAUUAUCAAAAGAAGUUAGUGAUCAUUUAUCACAAGAUAUUGCAUUAGAAGCUGUUUUAAGAGUAAGAGGUUCUACCGGUUUUAGAAUGUCAUCAUUUUAUGGUAAUUUUUUCAAUAGAUCUUCAGAUUUAUGUUCAUUCCCCACAUUCCCAAGAGAUCAAUCAUAUUUAAUUGAAAUGUCAAUUGAGGAGACUAUAAAUAAACCAAUUGUUUAUUUCCAAGCUGCUGUUUUACAUUCAACUUCAUUUGGUGAAAGAAGAAUUAGAGUUAUGAAUUUAGCAUUACCAGUUUCAUCAAAAUUAGUUGAUAUUUAUGCAUCAGCUGAUCAAUUGGCAAUUGCAAAUUAUUUUACCCAUAAAGCUAUUGAAAAAGCAUUAUCUUCAUCAUUACCAGAAUCAAGAGAAUACUUAAUAGCAAGGGUUGUUGAUAUUUUAAAUGUUUAUAGAAAAGAAUUAGUUGCUGGAAAUGUUUCUGGUGCAUCACCUUUACAAGUGUCAACAAAUUUAAGAAUGUUACCAUUAUUAUUAUUUUGUUUAACAAAACAUUUAGGUUUUAGAAGUGAUAGAGUUCCAUCAGAUCAUAGAGCAGCAGCUUUAAAUAAUUUAGGUUCAUUACCAAUUCCUCAAUUAAUUAAAUCAAUUUAUCCAACUGUUUAUUCAUUACAUAAUAUGCCUGAUACUUGUGGAUUACCAGGAACAAAAGAGGAAACUGAAGAAGAAGAAGAAGAAGAAUCAGAGAAAGAAGUAGUUGAUGUUGUUUUACCCGAACCAAUCAACGAUUCAAAAGCUUCAUGGGAAAAUUAUGGUUUAUAUUUAAUUGAUAAUGGUAGUGAAUUAUUUUUAUGGGUUUCAGGUAAUGUUGUUGUUGAUUUAGUUCAUGAUUUAUUUGGAGCUGAAGAUAUUUAUAAAGUUACGACUGGUAAAACAGAAUUACCAGAAAAAUCAUAUGAAGAAAGUGAAUUUAAUUAUAGAGUUCGUCAAAUUAUUGGAAAAAUUAGAGAACAAAACGAUUCAAUUAUAUGGAAAAAUCUUUAUGUUGUAGUUGGAGCUUCAUCAACUGAACCAAUUGAAAUUUCACAACAAAGAGAUUUGAUGGCAUUAAGAAUGUGGGCUUCAAGUUGUUUAGUUGAAGAUAAAUCAGGUAGUGAACCUUCAUAUAGAGAUUUUUUAACAUCUUUAAAAUCAAAAGUUAGUCAAUAG